AAUGUUAUUAGACUAGACUGUGUUGUGUGGGUGCGGUUAAUGUCGUCGUGUUAUUUAUUGCUGCUAAAUGAGCUGUCUAUGCCUUGUUGUCGUAGUAUAGACGACAAAACUCAUCCACUAAUGAUGUAUGGCAAUGCCUAAAAGCAAACUUUUAGAGUAUACUCUGAAGGUGUAUAUUUGUGAAUUAAAUGCAGAAGUCAGAAGCAGGUACAUACAUGCUGCUAAGGGCUGCAGAGUUGGGACGGAAGAAACUUUAAUAAAAUUUCGUCCUUCGCCUAAUUUCAAAAAUAUGAAGAAGUUCAUAAAAUCAAAAAUAGAUUUUACAGAGAACAGCAACCAUUCCCCUUUUCAUGGGACAGAACAUUCACCAACAAAUACUUCGCCAGAACCAAUAAUGUCACUAGAGGAGCAGAGAGCUUUGCUGGAGAAAGCAAAGCCUGCACAACCUCCCUUACCGCUAGAACCUCCACCCACUACUCCUAUUGACUUUAGCCUACCACAUAAACAAGAAAUUGAAGAUCAGAGCAGAUUAGGAUCGCCUACACUAAAUCUUUAUGAGACUAAUGAGGUCUCCUCACUAUCAUCAGCAACAAAUUAUGAUACAUCACAAGUGGAAGCCAGUGAAAAACAAAAAAAAACCAUCUGUAGGGACUUCAUAAGAGGAACUUGCAGUAGGGCAGGCACAUGCAAAUAUGCUCAUGAACGAGAUCUGUCACAGUUACCUGGUGUAUACACAUUCUGUAAAAACUUUCAGAAUACAGUUUGCACAUAUCCAUAUUGCAAAUAUGUACAUGCGUCAAUAUUUGAAGAGCAAAGGUUUUACAGGACUGGAAUACUACCGCCUCAUGCUUUGGCCCACCACAAGAAGCCUCCGCCGGCUCCGAUGCCGACAGUACUACCCCCACCACCUCCACCACCUCCUGAAGAGCCAGCUCCUCCGCCGGUACCUGUAGAAGUUCCGAUUUUUGCAAACCCCCCACCUGUAUUGGUUCCCACUGUUCCCAGUAUUGACAAGCCUCUUAUCUCGUGCGUGCCGACUGCAAACUUAGAGCCAAGGCCGAUGGACGAUUUCAUGAUCACUCCAGCGCCGCGCGACCUCGAGCACAAGGCAAAAAAAUGCAAAAAUUGCGACACAAUGGAAUUCAGAUUGCAAUUCAAUAAGGAUAAGGCUGAAAAUAUGAGACAGUCUACAGUGGAGCUCAAGAAUAAAGUGGCGCGUUUGUCGAGGAAGUCGCAGACGUUAUACACUGUGCUGUUGUCGCUUAUGAAGCCGCAAGUCAGUAAAAGACAAGAAGGGCUCAACGGAUUGUCUAUGUCUUCGCUUCUCAGCAUUGUCGGCGACUCGGAGAAGAACAUUCUUUCUAAUCUGCUGCUGAAGGACGCCUCGGAGCAGAGCCUCGUCUCCGACACCCGCGACCCGUGCUCGUGACUUACACACGGGACCUGAUUUAUGAUACGCCGUGAGACUUUAUAUAGACUCAGUGCUGUGCAAUUGUCCCAUCCUAUACACAAGUAGUCCUACUUUCAAAGCGAAACCUAGGGUGAACUAUACGAUGGCACUCACGCCAACUGCACGAACUCCCAGUCGAGAGACCAGUGCCCUGUUUAUCAAAAGCUUGUAACCUGUAAUACAAGGGGAAGUCCCUUUCUAAUAACAGCUGUCAAAAAGGGACUUCCACUUGUAUUACAAGUUACAAGCUUUUGAUAAGCAGGGCACAGUAAUUAUAGCAGGUCCAUCUUCUGGUGCCAACUUAUCGUUGAAAUUUGGGACACGUUGUAUACUUACGUUGUGCAAUUGCACAUUAUCUAUAUAUAAAUGCAAGUGUCCUGACUGACUGACUGACUGACUGACUGACUGAUUCAUCAACGCAGAGCCGAAACUACAAAAGCCAGAAAGUUGAAAUUUGCACACCAGAUUGCAUUUAUAAAGUGUACAAGAGAUAAGAAGCGAUUUUGAGAAAUUCAACCCCUAAGGGGGUUAAAAAGGGGAUGAAAGUUUGUAUGGGGUUAAAGUUUUCUUUUAACCUAGGAAUUUGAAACUUCGUAAAAAGAUAUAUUAUUAAGAUACAAGAAAACUAAUUUCAGCGUUUUUGAAAAUUCAUCCCCUAAGGUGGUGAAAAAGGGGUUGAAAGUUUGUAUGGACAUCCAAAAAUUUUUUAGUGGUGGACUUGAAUCUUUGUAUUUAGGGAUAUUAUUAGAAGACAGGAAAAGUAAUUUCAGCGUUUUGUAAAAUUCAUCCCCUAACAGGGUUAAAAAGGGGUUGAAAUUUUUAAUUCAUUACAAAUGCUUUGAAACUUCGUAGAAAGGCAUAAUAGCCGAUUACAAAAAAAGUGAUUGCAACGUUUUUGGAAAUUCAACCCCUAAGGGGGUUAAAAAGGGGAUGAAAGUUCGUCUUCGGGUGCAAAUUUUAUUUUAAGCUAGGAACUUGAAACUUUGUAAAAAAGUAUCAAAUUCAAAUACAAGAAAACUAAUUUUCAGCGUUUUAGAAAAUUCAUCCCCUAAGGUGGUGAAAAAGGGGUUGUAAGUUUGUAUGGAUAUCAAAAAAAUUUUCGAGCGCGGGACUUGAAUCUUUGUAUUUAGGGAUAUUACUAGAAGACAAUAAAAGUAAUUUCAGCGUUUUGUAAAAUUCAUCCCCUAACAGGGUUAAUAAGGGGAUGAAAGUUUGUAUGGGGUUAAAGUUUUCUUUUGAGCUACGAAUUUGAAACUUCGUUAAAAGAUAUAUUAUUAAAAUACAAGAAAACUGAUUUCAGCGUUUUUGAAAAUUCAACCCAUAAGGUGGUGAAAAAGGGGUUGAAAGUUUGUAUGGAUAUUAAACAUUUUUUCGAGUGUGGGACUUGAAUCUUUGUAUUUAGGGAUAUUAUUAGAAGACAGGAAAAGUAAUUUCAGCGUUUUGUAAAAUUCAUCCCCUAACAGGGUUAAAAAGGGGUCGAAAGUUUGAAUCCAUUACAAAUGGUUUUGAAACUUCUUAGAAAGGCAUAAUAGCCGAUUACAAAUAAAAGCGAUUGCAACGUUUUUGGAAUUUCAACCCCUAAGGGGGUUAAAAAGGGGAUGGAAGUUCGUCUACGGGUGCAAAUUUUAUUUUAAGCUAGGAACUUGAAAGUUUGUAAAAAAGUAUCAAAUUCAAAUACAAGAAAUCUAAUUUCAGCGUUUUAGAAAAUUCAUCCCCCAAGGUGGUGAAAAAGGGGUUGAAAGUUUGUAUGGAUAUCAAAAAAAUUUUCGAGCGCGGGACUUGAAUCUUUGUAUUGUGGGAUAUUAUUAGAAGACAAUAAAAGUAAUUUCAGCGAUUUGUAAAAUUCAUCCCCUAACAGGGUUAAAAUGGGGUUCAAAGUUUGAAUCCAUUACAAAUGCUUUGAAACUUCUUAGAAAGACAUAAUAGCCGAUUACAAAAAAAAGUAAUUGCAACGUUUUUGGAAACUUAAUCCCUAAGGGGGCUAAAAAGGGGAUGAAAAUUCGUCUUGGGGUGUAAAUUUAAUUUUAAGCUAGGAACUUACUUUUUGGAAAAAAAGGUAAUUAAUUAAAAAACAUGAAAACUAAUUCAAGCAUUUUUGAAAAUCAUCCCCCAAGGUGGUGAGAAAGGGGUUGAAAGUUUGUAUGGAGAUCAGAUAUUUUGUGAGUGCGGAAUGCGGAACUUGAAUCUUUGUAUAAGGGCAUAGGUACCUAAGAGAAUACAAGAAAAUUAAUUUCAGCAACCAACAUCAAAAUCCACUUGACUUAAAACUUCAUACAACUUGCUAAAAAAGAAAAGUAUAUGAAAGGAUAUGAAAAUUAUAGGUACUAAAGAUGUAAAAUGUUGAAGAUAAGAUUCCACGCGGACGAAGUCGCGGGCAACAGCUAGUUUGGUAUAAUUGCGUGUUAGUUACGUAAAGUUGUAUAAAUAGGUAUGUAAUUAAAAAUAUCGAUAUGAGAUUGACAAAGCAGUUGAGAGAAAACGAAGUAUAAUAUUUUAAUUAUGAAUAAUUUAAAUAAAUUUCCCAGAAAUCAUCAGCGGAAAGAUAAAAGUAAAUAUAGUUUACGAUAGGAAUUACAUGAUUAGGUAUGUAAGUUUUGGUAAUGUUUAGUUUUUAGUAUAAAUUAUAGGUACGGAGCGAUGGGAGCAUGCAUGCGCUAAUUAUUGUAGCUGGCAGCCAGUUAUAUUACCAGUUUAAUAUUUACAUGACUUACCUUUUGGACACGAAGCUAUACCUAAAACUGAGGAAGCUCUACGACCAAAAGGUGUGACGAAAAGAGAAAUUAACCUACACGUGGCAUCUAUAGCAAUUAAAUUCUCUAAUUACCGUCCGCGCCUACAUUUUUUAUAUUUGCUACUUUUGCCUACCGAUGGAAAUAUCUUGACUUAGCAAUUCAAAACUUAAUUAUACCUUUAAAGCAAAUCUCGGUC